AUGGUCAACAUUAAACCAUUCGGUGCUUGGCCAUCCCCUGUAAGCGCCGAUUCCUUGGCAGCUGGACUGUCCGCCACAGACGUAUGCAUCGACCAGCAAACCGUAUACUGGUGUGAAGUAGUACCUUCCGAACAAGGCCGAGGUCAAAUUUUCUCGCGCAGCCUCGCCAGUGGUGCCAACAGCGUGCCAAAACCACUCUUGCCCCUCGGCUACAGUUGCCAAUCGCGCGUGCACGAAUACGGUGGUGGCAGUUUUAGCGUGCACAACGGACUUGUCGUUUUCUCCAAUGACAAGGACAAGCGUCUGUACAGCAUUGACAGUAACAAUGGCGCGAUCGAACCGAUUACAGGUGACAGCAAGGCGCUUUUGCGAUACGGCGACAUUAAGAUCAGCGACGACAACACGUAUGUGGUGUGCGUCGAGGAAAUGCACAAGGAACAAGAAGAACCCAAGGACGUGGUGAAUCGCUUGGUCUCAGUACGCAUAGCAGACGGCUCUGUGCAUGUCUUGGCAGAAGGUCAUGACUUUUAUUCGACACCUCGUCUUUCGGAUCGCGCGAUUGCAUAUCUCUCGUGGGACCACAGCAACAUGCCCUGGGAUUUCACGCAACUUAAUGUUGCAGACAUAAGCCCCGAUGGAACAUCACUGACAGAUUCAAAACAAGUUCCUACUGCUUAUGAAAGCUUUGUGCAACCGGAAUUCGGUGCUGACGGUAAUCUCUAUGUGGCUUCAGAUCGCUCGGGUUUCUGGAACCUUUAUCGCAUCGCCAACGAGGGCAACAAUCUUGAUCUUUUACUUCCUGCGCCCCUGGAACAAGAAUUCGCCGGAGCCCAGUGGCAGUUCAACCAAUCCUGGUACUCGCCAUUCGCUUCAGACCCUACCAAACUGGUGUGCGGCAACAAGGACAAGCUUGCAAUCCUGGAUACCGAGGCCAAAACAUUGACGAAUAUCGAGCCGCUUUCUGACUACAUUUCUUUUGAAUUCAUCCAUUCCUAUUUUGACGAAGAACUUGGCCAAGAAGUCAUCGUAGCGAAUGCCACAACGACCCAUUCGCCUUGUGAAUUGAUUGCGUACUCAGUUGAAAAGAAAGAAAUCCGAAGCCUCCGCCCAUCAACUGCACCACCACUUGACAAAGCAUACGUGUCCGUGGGUCAAGAAAUCGAGUUCCCAACCACGUUUGACAAGACGGCCUAUGCUUACUAUUAUCCACCGCAGAAUCCAGAUUAUGCUGGUCCUGAAGGAGCCAAGCCUCCACUCCGUGUCUUGUCCCAUGGUGGCCCAACAACACAAACCAGCCGUGGCUACAACCGUGCCAUCCAGUACUGGACUACCCGAGGUUUUGCUAUUGUUGAUGUCAACUAUGGCGGCAGCACAGGUUAUGGUCGUGAAUACCGCAAUCGUUUAAAGAAGAUGUGGGGCGUUGUGGACGUGGAUGAUUGUUGUCAUGCUGCUAUCUAUCUAGUCAAGCAAGGAUUGGCUGAUGGAAAGAAGCUUUCCAUCAAAGGAGGAUCAGCAGGUGGAUUUGUCACACUUGCUGCAGUCGCUUUCCGUGACGUGUUCAAUGCCGGCUGCUGUCUCUACGGUAUCUCGGAUAUAACACUGCUUGCCAAAGAGACCCACAAAUUUGAAUCGCGCUAUCCUGACGAGCUGAUUGGCGAAUAUCCAAAGGAUGAAGAGGUGUACAAAGAGCGGUCACCGCUGUUUUCAGCAGACAAGAUCACUUGUCCUGUCAUUUUCUUCCAAGGUGCAGAGGAUAAGGUGGUACCGCCUUCGCAGUCCGAGGUAAUGGUGGACGCAUUGAAAGAGCGCGGCGUGCCGGUGGCAUAUGUUAAAUAUGAAGGUGAAGCACACGGUUUCCGAAAAGCUGAAAAUAUCAAGCGUACAGUCGAACUUGAACAGUGGUUUUAUGGACAAAUCUUUGGAUUCCCUGUGGAGGGCGUUGAAGGUGUAACUAUCUACAAUUUCCCCAAGUAA